AUGGCUGUACCAAAUAAAAGACCAAACUUUUUAAUCAUUGUUGCUGAUGAUCUAGGAUACACCGAUUUAUCCCCAUUUGGCGGAGAAAUCCAUACCCCGAAUUUGGAUAAAUUGGCUACUCAAAAUGGUGUAAGAUUAACUGAUUUUCAUACAGCGUCAGCGUGCUCUCCAACAAGGUCAAUGCUCUUGAGCGGUACCGAUAACCAUAUCGCGGGCUUGGGACAAAUGGCCGAGUUUGCAAUACGUCAUAACAAGCUAAGAGAUCAACCCGGUUACGAAGGUUACUUGAAUGAUAAGGUUGUGGCGCUACCUGAAAUUUUGCAAGAUGAUGGCUACUUUACAUUUAUUUCAGGGAAAUGGCAUUUGGGGUUGAAGAGACCUUAUUGGCCGAUAAGACGGGGGUUUGCGAGAUCCUGGUGCUUACUUCCUGGGGCCGGUAAUCAUUUUAAGUAUGUUGUAAAAGAUUCUAAUGGCAAUCAAAUACCAUUUUUGCCAAAUCUAUACGUUGAAGAUGACAAACAAUUGAACGCCGAUGAGGAUUUACCUGAUGAUUUUUAUUCAACGGUUACUUUUACUGACAAGGCUAUCGAGUUUAUUGAUUCUACUCCGAAAGAGCAACCGUUUUUUGGUUUGCUAACUUAUACUGCUCCCCAUUGGCCAUACCAAGCACCACAGGAAAGAAUUGCAAAGUAUAAAGGAAUAUACGACUUGGGUCCCGAGGAUUUGCGUAAAAAAAGAUUACAAAGAGCUUUGGACUUGGGUAUUAUUGGUGAGAAUGUAAAACCACACCCAAUAACCACUCUUCGUAAAGAUUGGAAAGAUUUGACGCCAGAAGAAAAGGAAAUCGAGUUGAAAAUUGUUCAAACUUAUGCAGCAAUGGUGGAAAUCUUGGAUGAAAAUAUAGGUCGCAUCAUUGACCACUUGAAAGCAAAGGAUGAAUUAGAUAAUACUUUUAUCUUGUUCAUGUCGGAUAAUGGUGCCGAGGGAAUGAUUAUGGAGGCAUUACCUUUGUCAAAUCAACGAAUAACUUCGUUCGUUGAUGAGUUUUAUGACAAUUCACUAGAGAAUAUUGGCAAUUUCAAUUCCUUUACAUUUUACGGUGACCAAUGGGCCCAAGCCGCUACUGCUCCACAUUCAAUGUACAAAUUUUGGGCUACAGAAGGCGCUAUUGUAUGUCCUUUGAUCGUUCAUUACCCACCUUUACUAAAGUCACAGAAUCAGCAGGGUAAGAUAUUAAAAGAAUUCACCACAGUUAUGGAUAUUUUGCCUACUGUUUUGGAUAUCGCUGGUGUUGACCAUCCUGGCCAAGAGUACCAAGGAAGAAAAGUUGCUAUACCAAGAGGCAAAUCUUGGAAAAAUUAUCUAAGUGGGGAAUCUCCUCUUGUUCAUGAUGAAAAUACAGUUACUGGCUGGGAGUUAUUUGGACAACAAGCUAUCAGAAAAGGUCAUUUCAAAGCAGUGUAUAUUCCAAAACCAUUUGGACCUGAAAAAUGGCAAUUGUUCAACAUCAUUGAAGAUCCUGGGGAAACCAACGAUUUAGCUGAAACCAAAGCUGAUAUUUUACAAGAGUUAACAAACCAUUGGGCCGUAUAUGCUGCAGAAACUGGAUUAAUCGAAUUAGGACCCGAUAUUUUUGAUGUUGAAAAAUUUCCUUAUGAUGACCCAAAAAAUGAACCCAUCUUUAGAACCAUAAAGGAUUAA